UUCUGCCCUAUUGGGAAGCCUACGCUCUGCAGCCAGUCCUCGAUAUAAUUUUUCCGGGGUUUGACGAACGACAUACCUAACCAUCCAAUCCGAUCCGAUCCAGCCUCAUCGUCGCCAUAUCACGGCUGACGUCUCUUCAACACCAGUCACCCCGUCUCUACCUCCAAGCGCCCUUCGACGUGACUGGCGGCGCCCGUAUAGCACACGAAUCGGCACUACAAAUGGCUGCCAAAGGGGCGAGGGGUCUCAGUGAGGCCAUGAAGGGCCUGAGCCUGGCCUCGCAUACAUGCAGAGAAGCAGCUUCUGCUCGGAUACCGGCAGCAACAACAUUCGUGCGCUCAAUGGCAACCGAAGCCCCUCUACCGAUCAUUACUACGAACACAUCAUCCUCACCACCUACCUCGCACUGGAGACCAGCACCCACUGUUCCCGUAACAAUAUUCAACUUCCCCUCAUACGAGCCCCAACGUCUGGAAGCCUGGUCCUCGAAACACCUGAAUCUCCCCUUGCGCCGGGACAUUCUCCACCUCGCUGUCGUCUACGAGGGCGACAACACGCGUCAGGGCACAGCAUCUUCAAAGACGCGGUACGAGGUACACGGUUCACACAAGAAGAUGCGUCCGCAGAAGGGCAUGGGUCGCGCCCGUGUAGGCACCAGGCAAUCGCCCAUACAACGAGGAGGUGGAAAGACAUUCGGUCCGAAGCCGCGCGACUUCGGCACCAAGAUCACCCGCAAGGUCUACGACUUGGCCUGGCGGACCGCGCUGUCGUACCGGUAUCGCCGCGGCGAGCUCGUCGUGUGCCAGGACGGCAUGGAACUGCCUUUCCCCGAUGAGUUCCAGGCGAUGUUGCAGAGCAGCACGAUGCGCGAGGCUGGCGCCGAGCUGGAGGCUGGGUUCCGCGCCAAGUGGGUGAAGCAGGUACUCGAUACCAACGAGUGGGGGCGCAAAGCCGGCCGCAGCACCUUCAUCACGAGCUCACGCCGAGUCAAUCUGUUCGAGGCUCUCGGCCUCGUGCCCAAUUGGGGUCGCGCCCUCGAUGUGGGCGAUGUGGAUGUCAAGGAUCUGUUGGAGACGGGGCGUAUUGUCGUCGAGCACGACGCUCUUAAGCAUAUGAUUGAGAGUCACCAGAGCGAUAUCAUACCUAACUUUUAUGUAACCAAUGCAUCCUUACCGAACAGGGCGGUAAGCGGAGAGGUGCUCGUCGAGUGAGCGGGCGUUGCUGGCUCGGCUGUGCUUCAGAUAUAAGGUUGCAUCGAAUGCGGAUGACUGACGAUGUGUGCUUGGGCUCUUCAGUUGGCAUGUGUCAACUUGGCCAACUGUACACUGAAAUAAUCCGCUUCUGCGAGUAGAACAGUGUAUUUUGUGUAAAUAAGAUAGGCAAAUGUACAAUAUGAGACCUGACACAAUCACAAUAAUCCCAGGUAUCUUUUCA